AGCAGAUCCAGCGGAUACAUAAACAAGCGCAGCAACCCGCUGCAACCCCUCGGAAACAAACCGAACGCCAACCCACCACCGCCACCACACUAUCGCCAGCACCACCAAUAAUAACAGCCCAUCUGCAACAUGGCACUGGACUUUGUGGCCACCUAUAAGGUUCUGGUGCUGGGCGACUCCAAUGUGGGCAAGACCUGCAUCGUCCACAGAUACUGCGAUGAGAAGUACUACGACACAUACAUCUCCACCAUAGGCAUAGACUUCAAGCAGAAACUGAUUAACCUCGAUGGGGUGCCCAUAAAACUACAAAUCUGGGACACGGCUGGGCAGGAGAGAUUCCGGACACUGACAACGGCGUACUAUCGCGGUGCGAUGGGCAUCCUGCUCAUGUACGACGUGACCAACCUAGAGAGCUACAAUAACCUGUCCUACUGGUUGCGCAACAUCCAGGAGAAUGCCUCUCCGGACGUGGUCAAGGUGUUGGCGGGCAACAAAUGCGAAUGCUCAUCCACUCAGCGCAUGGUGGACAAGGAGCGGGGCGAGAAGAUUGCCGAAAACUUCGACAUGCCCUUCUUCGAGGUCUCUUGCAAGUCAAACAUCAAUAUUGAAGAUGCGUUUCUUUCCCUGGCCCGCAAAAUCCGCGAACAAAGGGAGAGGCGGGGUGAUAACUUUGACAACGACGAGAGCAAAGACAAGAAAUCGCCUGGAUCGAAUGGCCUCGGCACCUUCAGUCUUGGGAGUCUUUCCGGCGAGAACCGCUGCACCUGCUAAACACUCAUUGAUGGAUUACGAUGUGAUCGCAACCGCAAACCGCAAAUCGCAAAACAGCAGACCUGAACCAGUUGUCCAAAGCCAAGUUCGUGCUGGGAUCACGUUUUAAAUGCCAACCAGUUGAGGUUCAGUCUGUGGACUCGCGAUUCAGAAUGUGCAUUUUAAGGUACACAUAGUCCAAGAGAACAUAGCAUAAAUAUUUUAGCAUAUUCCUGCAAAUACAUACGGUCGAUUAUACAUGCAUAUUGUCUCGAUUCCAAUAAUUAUAAUCUUAUGCUAAAUACAUUUAUACUCGUAAGAAAUUGAACCACGAUUUUAUGGAUGCAAGGCUGGUGUGUGAUGAUACUAGAAUUGGAGCUUAUUUCGGGGCUUAUUCAACACGUUAGAUCUUAUUCGAAAGUGAUGUCUAAAGAAGUACUUGUGUAGGACUCACUCUUCACUGCUUCCUAUCUUAGAAUCUUUAUCUUUUGAUUUGCUUGUAAAUCCUGUGUGUAAAAAUUGACUUAUUUUGAUUGAAUAAAUUGGUUUUGUAUAUUUAAAAAUUUUA